AUGAGCAAACAAUCCACUAUCCUUCAAUUCUUUAAGGCAACAACACAAAUUAAUGAAAAUAAAAAUGUAGAAGAAAAGAAGCCUAAACAACAAAAGAAGAAGAAGGUUGAAAUUAAAAAAGGGAUGGGACUUGAUAGAUUUUUUAGAAUUACUACAGACAUGUCACCAGCUGCAAUUGAACGAAGAGAACGAAUUAAACAACAAAUGGCAGAACAAUUAAAAAAAUUAAAUGCGGCUAAAGAAGAACAAAUAAGAAAAAUGAAAGAACAAAGAGAAAUAAAAAAGAAAAAAAGAAAAGAAAAUGAAGAAAGUACAGAAGAAGAAGAAAAUGAGAGACGAUAUAGAAACAUAACAUAUAAUGAAAAUGAUUUUGGAAUUGAAAUAUGUAAAAACGUGUAUUUAGGAUCAGCAGCAGCUGGAGCAAAUAUUGAAUGGUUAGAAGAAGUUGGAAUUAAUUAUAUUAUCAAUUGUACACCUGACGUUAUGUGUUUUUAUAACAGUAAAGAAAAUCCUGAUUUUAAUUUAAAUGAUUUUCCAGGAAUUACAGAAAAGGAAUAUUUAAGAAUUGCAAUAAAUGAUGCAGACGAUGAAGACAUUUCUAAAUUCUUUACUCAAUCAUUUGAAUUUAUCGAAAAAGCAAUUGGACUUAAUCAAAAAGUACUUGUUCAUUGUUUAUUAGGAAGAAGUCGUUCAGCAACAAUAGUCACAGCAUUUAUAAUGAAAAAGUACAAAAUCAAAUUAAAUGAUGUAUUAGAAUUAUUUGAACUAAGACAUUAUGAAACAAAUAUUAACGAUGGAUUUACAUCUCAAUUAUUACAAUUACAAAGUAAAUUAUUUAAUGAACCAAUAAAUAUGAGAAGAACAAGAAGAAUAACUUCACAAAUUUCAGAACAUUUAGAUAUUGUGAAUAACAUAAUAAAU